AAGAAAUUAAAUAAAUUAUAUUUAAUAAUAUUUGAUUUAAAUUGUGUAAGGGUGAAACAAACAAGUGCAUUUUUAAUGUGAAGUUCAUGGAAACCUCACUAUAUCUCAAUGCAAUUCAUUCGAAAGAGAUUCACACUUCAAUGGAAUUCUAAAAUCAAUGCCAUUCAAAGCCGCAGACCGCCAGGCCCAUUGUGACCAUUCAAUGCACAAAAGAUAUUACGCAUUACUGCAUUUAGUACGCAGUGAGUUGUAGUAAAAACUACGAGUCUAAACUUAUUUACAUAUAGCUACAUAUUUGAAACAAAAUCGAAAACUUUAAAGCACUUGGGAAGGUCCUGCACACACAUCCGGAGCCCCUACAAAUUAAACGAAAAAGAGGUUGCUGAAAAAUUUUGAGCCAUUCCGAAAAGCAACAGCAGCCGAUGCAAGAAAAACGGAUACAAAACAACGCAGGCAGCAAACAAUAAAAAAAAUUCAAGCGAAAAACAAAUGGAAUAAAAACAAACAACAAAGCGAGACACGCCACGCGCGUCGGCCACUGCACGCUCCGACAUAGUGAUUUCGAGCUUUUGCUCUCGUGCAGGCGCAAUCGCAUCGCUUCAGCUUGCAAACGUAAAAGUCCAAUGCCACAGUUGUCUCCUGCUUGCCUACCAACUUGCGCUCAGCGUAGGCAUAAGCGACAGCGACAUCAGGCUCAGCUCAGUCGUUAUCAGCAUCGCAGUUGUUUCAGUGGCUUGGCGCACCUGUUCGGCUGAAACAGUUGCUUUUGUCCGUUUCGCAUGCUUACGCUCAUCGUAGAUUUACACAUCGAUGAAGUAAUUUCGUGUAUUUGUUGAAAACGAAAAAAGUCGCUCAUACGAGACGGUGUCUCAGUUACUUUGCCGGUGUUGACGCGUACGAUUGCACAGUGGGUGUAAAAUGAUACAACAGUGUAUUUGUAAUCGCGGAGGAGCAUAAAAUACAAUAAAAACAAACAUUUUAAUUAGUGAAAAUUGUUUUUGCAGAACUGACAGUGAAACAAGUGAAAAUUAAUAACACAACAACAUUCCUAAAGUACACCCUAGGGUAACAAAGAUAAUAUGUAAAAACAGCACGAAAGUCCAAAAUAUGGGUCACAUAUGCAUGCAAAUGUAGAAUGUGUGGCAUUGUGGCAUUCAUGUAAAUUUGACGCACAAAGAAAAACAAUCCAAUUUAUUGGCACUUCUGUGAGUAAUAAAUGGGAACCAGCAGCACAAAACUCAACAAUACAACCAGGAAAUCUUUAGCAACAGGAUAACAAAGAACCUACCAACCACCGCUUAUAAAUUAUUUAAGACAAUCUAACAACUGAAACACGUUUCUGUCCAAAAAUGUAAUAAAUAUUAAAAGCUCACACAAAAGCAAACAAAAUAUUAACCGUUUAUAAAUACAUACAUACUCGUACAUAAAAACUUUUCAAAGACUUCAAACGCUCAGCGAAAACUUAUUAAAGCUGUGUAAUACGAAACGGAAAGGAUCUGGAUAAUUUUUCACAAGGCAUACGAGAAAAACGAAGCUUACUGAGAAACAAAAUGUCGAAUUUGCUCUACAUGGAUGAAACGAAUUGCAAUGGCAUCUACGCAUCCAAAGUCAAUAGUACGGCCUCACCACUAACUACAACAACAUCAAACAACAAUAACAUCACUAACUGCAACGAAAGCAGCAACAAUAUUCUUCAUGCAAGCAACAUUAUUAUGAGCACGGCCAACAACAGCAACAGCAACAGCAACAACAAUAGUAACGUUAACGGAAAUAGGAGCAGUAACAUCAUAAAUAACGCAGGCACAAAUAAUAUCAACAACAUCAACAUCAUGAAUAUAGCAGCCUCGACUGUGGCAAUGACAGCGGCGGUUGCCAACGCCAACGCCAACGUCAACGCUGCCGGCACCGGCACCGGCCUCACGUCAGCCACACUACCCACAUCCGUCUCGAAUGAGGAUCUAAGUCAGAGUUUAUCCGAGUACACAGAUGCGGAUGAAAGCAUAUCAGCACCGACCGAGUUUCUUGCUGAGUUUCUCUCUGCGGUGAUGCUUAAAGACUACAAAAAAGCCUUGAAAUACUGCAAACUGAUUUUACAAUACGAGCCAAACAACGCAACAGCCAAAGAAUUCUACCCGCUUAUAAUCGAAAAGUUACGAGACGCAACGGCCAGCGACAGUGAUGAGAAUUAUAAUAAAUCAUCUUCGCCCGAACCAGUUUUAGAACUACAAUCCUCGGAUCCAUCGGCAGGCGAAAGUGAUGAUGCGGCUUUUGAAGACCAAGCGAUCGGUAUUAUUGAUGAUGGGAUUGACGAGUUUGGACUAGCAGAGGACAAUUGUCAUUCUUUGGAUGGCUCAAAUAGUCACGAACUAAAUGUAAGCAGUCGAAGCGGCAAUAGUGACUCAGCGGGUGGUAGUAUAAGUGAUUCGAUGGAUGAGGAGGUCGAAGGAGAGGAAGACGAUGACGAGGAUAUUGAUGGCAUUGAUGAUGAUGUUGAGGAUGAAGAUGAAGACGACGACGAUGACGAAGUGGAAGAUGUCAACAGUAGCAGCGGCGAUGACUUGCCAAUCGAUGACCCGAAUUCGAUUGAGGCUGCAGCAGGUACCGGCAAUAAUUCACUUUCGUCGCGAAAUUCAUCUAGUGGCGGCGGCGGAAGCGGGCGCAGUCGAAGUGACAACACAACGCACUCAUACUCCAGUUUACUGCUGGAAGAAGAGGACGAUAUAGCGCCGGUUAAUUUGAAAUUCACCAAAGAGCUGUCAUCGCCCGAUUUGGAUGUCAGCAAUGGCAACAAAUUACCGUCAACUUCAUGCAGCGACUCGGAAUCACCAACGGAACCGCUAACGCAACGACUCGCCGCCAUUUUGCGCUCAAAGUGUGGUGUGUCCAGCGCUGGUGACAACUAUUGAAGGCAAUGCAAGUGUCAUACAAACAAAACGCAUACGCAAACGGCAUAGUUAUCAGGAAAAUACAAAACUUUAGUGUGAAAUGCAUACAAAUGAAUCUAGUUUAGUUGAAUAUAUAUACUAAUAUAUGUACUGUGUAUAUUUUCAUGUAUUCACUUGUAGCUAUUUAAGCGUUAUAUACUCGUAGUUUAGUAUAUGUAUAUAUCCAUGUAUUUAUGUACUGGCAUAUAACCAACUUCGUAUACAACACUUAUAUUCAGAUAUAUAUCCUUGAAGUAUAUAAUGUACACAUAUUAUAGAUUAGCAAUUGAAGAGUUGAUUUUCUCACCACUGACAUUUCCCAUUACAACUUGCCAAUCACUCUCAAAUUUACUUAGAGAAUGAGCUUUGCGAUCGGAAGGAUACCCUAUAAGAUGAUCUAUUCACCCUUAAAAUAGGAAUAUUUUUCAUACAUAUAUGUAUAAAUAAUAUUUGAUAAACUUUUAUAAAUAUAUUUACUUAAAUUCUGCUAUUAUUAGAAACCGCUAUGAGAUUUUGGAACUAUCUUCGCUAAAAGAUCUGAGGUCUAAAAAUACCAGUAUACAGUGGGUUCACCUUAAAGUUAGGGGUUUUGUAUCAAAAUUAUAAAGUUCGUGAGUUUCAAAAUCUCUCAGCCAAUACUCUUUAUCUUAUGACCUAUAAAUUUACAUACUCUUUUGCGUAAUAGUCUAGUAAUUAGUAAUACCUAGUGCAGAGAACUGACUCUUAUUUAUGAUAUUCUAGAUCACAAACAAAGUGGACUUGUAGUGAAUUUUAUAUGCAUGCUUUAGAAUUAGGUUUUAUAGGUACUCGCAAAUUUGGUAAACUAAUACAAUUAAUAUUUAUUUAGUCUAUAUAUCUGUAUUAUUAAAGUGAAAAUAUACAAAGACAGGCGAGUUGUUGACAUUUUGAAAAUUCUUUCAACGAAAAGAGGAAGUCGGAAAUAGAAAUCAAAGGAACUAUUUUAGACGAGGAAUCUUGUUACCAAACCGGCUAUAAAGAGAGAACCUCAGAUUCAGUUUUCCAUCGAUCAAGGAAGGUUUCAUAAGUUCAACUAAAUUUAACAACAUUCUGAAAACCUUUACAUUAAGCAUAUAAGGUCCACAUGGGCUAAAAUAGAGCCAAUUACUCGUAAUACAUUUAACAAUGAUUUUAUAUAAUUUGUUGUGUAGGCGUGCUACUUCUUAAUUCAAAAUUUAAAAAACGGUAACCGAAACUAUAUUAUUUUUCAUAUUUUGAUUGAACAGUUUGGAUGACAGCUAUAAACCAUUGUGUUCCGAUCUGAACAAUAUGUUCGGAAAUUGUACACAUUCCCUGAGGUUAUAAUCCACGCCACAUUUCCUGCCGAUAUAAAAAAAUCGACAAAAACUUUCAUAGAAGGACUUAAGCUUGAUCGGUCAGUUUGUACGCUAUAGAGGUCCAAUCCGAGCAAUUUAUUCAGAGUUCGAAGCGGUGCCUCUUGGUCAAAUUUCUUGAAGAUUGCUUGUCAAAUAAAAAGUCUUCUGUACAAGAACAUGAAUUUAUCGUCAGUUCAAUAUCGCCGGUUCGGAGAAAUAAGCAACUUUUUGGAGAGAAAACGAUGAAGAAAUUUCAAAUUAAUAUCUCAACGUGAGGGCCUAGUUGGUGUAUUUACAGACAGACGGAAAGAGAGAAAGGCAGACAGUCGGAUAUAGCCAAAUAGACCCAGCCCCUCCUGCUGAUCAUUUAUACUAUAUACAAGUAUUCGUUUUGUUCACUGAUGAAAUUAAAUUUGGUAUCUAAUUUAAUUUAUGAAAGCAUUAAAAAUAUGUAGAAUAUGUGAUGGGUUAGACCAUAGGCAAGCACGUAUUUGUAUUGGUUAGAAGGUACUAGAUGAACAUAUCGUACAAAGAAAACUAUAUACUUUGGCUAAAUUAAUUAGAAUGGCAAAUCUAUUUCAUAAGCAUUAAAACACAAACUGAACUAUACUACAACUAAUUUAUGUAUAAUAAAUAUUUAAUAAUCAUAUGCAUAAAAUGAGUAUAUUAUAGAACUGAUGGUCCUCAUAUAUUAUUAUAAAUAUUAAAAUUAAUAUUUUAAAUGAUCACAAUUCAACAGUUAAAUCGUAUUUAUGAGUUUAGUCCAAAAAAUAUUUUCCUUUUUUGCAAUGCAAUAUAAGCAUUCACAAACACAAACAAUAUAACAUUAACCGUUCCCACGACAGUAAGGUUAAGGCAUUUGGAACGGACCCGGAAUUUUAUCCGGCCAAGGACUGUCAACUCGGCACCAUUCCUAGAAAUUACUUCAGGAAUGUUUCUGCCGCGAUAACAACAACAUAAACCACACAAUACAGUAUAUAUUCAAAUUAAUUUUUUAAAUCAUAUUAUCACCACUUAAAUACCUAUUUGAAAAAUCGAGUAUACAUAACUGAUUUAACAUAAACAAUAUUGAAUAAGAAAGAAUGUAAAACACAAACACUCGUAAAAGUAAGCUAACAUUACAAAGACUUCAUUAAUAGAGAGACUUUAAACUAGGAAGAUGGUGGAUUGUUGCAUAUUAAUUUCCAAGUGCAUAUAUAAUAUAUUAUAUAUACCAUAUAAGUAUUUAUAAGUUAUAAUCUCAACUAUUUACUAUUUAUACUAAUCUAUAUACUCAAUUUAGGUACGUGUAAUAACAUAUAGACAUAUUUAGUAUGUAUGUGUAUGUAUUUAUAUGUAGUUUUCCUGUACGCAUAUUUGUUGAUAACAAUGCAAUAUAUCAAAGAAAAAUCAAGUGUGAAAAGAACAUUUCUAAAACAUCACACAUAGAUACAUAUAUACUUAUAACAGCUAAAACAGCAGCGCAUACAUAUUUCGUAUAAACCAAAUAAAAAAUACUAUAUAUCAAAGAAUAUUUCUUAAACAUGCAAAGA